AUGACCUCCCUCAGCAGGGAAGAUCUCCACCUCGAGUUCGCUCGCAUGUGUGGGCUCUCAUACGACCUGAACCCGCGUAACUUUGAGGAUCGCUGGCACGGAUUCUGGAACCUCGUACUGGGCAGAAUGUGCAGGCGACUGCAUUGCAACGCCUACGGAACUGCGCAAGAAUCUGUUUGGGCACACAACACCCGCCACACUCCUCCUCGGCUAGCCGACGUGGAAGUCUGGCUCGAUCCGGACGAUAGUCUCACUCGCGAGGAAGAGCAUACCGGUGUGGGAGUCCCAUCUCAAGAUGAGGCCUUUGACCCGUCCAGUCGGGGUCUUCAAGAACGAAUACCUGACCAGGAGUCGGAAGGUCUUGACACUGGCGAUCUCGAAGGGGAGCUGGACAUUGUUGAUGUUGAUACCCUCGAUGGCAUGGAUGCCACUCGUACCUUCGACUCCCGAAAAGUCAAAGUCCCCGACGAAAAAUCCACGACACAACAGCAGGCGUCGUCGAGCAGCAAUGUCCAACCAAAUGUGGUCCAGAUGGCCUCUCAAGAACUGGCAAAGAGCAAGACAGGCGCAGGACCUAGUACCACAGCCUUUGCUCAAGAUUGGCGCAUUGUGCCUCGCGCUCCUCAUGUCCCUUCUGGUAGCGCUAAGACUGCUGUCGGUGGCACCCGCCAUCGGGUACCGGAUAGCGCCAUCAACGCGUACUAUUCCCCCGACUAUACACCUCAGGCCAUGAUCGCGGCAAGGAAGAAGCGACAGGAAUGGACGACAAAUGCGCUGGUCCCCGCGGCUGAUGUCCCGUCCAAUGGCGGGUGCAGAUUACAGGAAUCAAGCGCCGUUCAGGCUCGACAGUCGCGAAGCGAUGUCGCCUCAGACAACGCUGCGCAUGCGCACAGUGGCAGUGAACAGGCGCCUUCGCAAUCCAUCUCGACCAACAAGCCUUCCACCCGUACCAAGAAACGUACCAAGCAGCCUGUGUUCCAAUCUGUGGAGGAAGUCCAGCGCGAGUUGAGGAAGCUUCCGCCUACCGACCCUGAGGAUUUCGAUAUCCCUCUCAACCCGAUCUCGCUUUUACACGGCUACAAGGUCUAUGAAACCAAGUUGGUCAACACCGAAUCCAAGCGCCUCCCUUCUCGCCAGGAGACCGAGCAGACGACAAUGCCGUGGUCCCACUCAUUCUCUGUUUUCAUGGACGAGGCCCAAGUUGACAAUAUUGAACAGGCUCGCGUCCUCUUCGCCAGCCCCCAAUGGGAACACCAGAACUCUAUCCUACUCUUCGCGACCUCGGGCGACUUCUACACGCACACGAUCGCAACACGCAAGCCAAAGGGCGAUCAGCUUGUAGCCUCCGACAUCGCCAAGCCGAAGAAGGAGCGGCCUGCCUUCAGGGUCCAGCCGUGGUCCCUUCCUACCUGGUACGGGUCCGACGCGAGCAACCGUCGGGAAGACAAGCUCGUUGCCUGGCUCAAUGAAACGUUCAAGCACGACGAGAUGGAGCAGCAAGCGCGCGACCUUCGCGACAAAGAACAGCUGAACGCGCAAGAGCGUCAACGUACUCCGCCUGCAGAAGACAACGAGCAGAACGACUCCGUGCCCAAUCCUGCGCCCCCUUCUCCGCCGUCUCCGCCUCCUCCGCCUCCUCCGCCUUCCCCUCGCCUGACAAGAGCAAUGACGCGCAAGCUGGGCGACAAUGGGAACGAGGGCUCGAGGGGAAAAGACCGAACCAAGGGCAAGGGCAAGGGCAAGGCGCGCGCGGAUCCUCCUCCCGCUGCCGACAUCGAGCAAGACUUUAACGUCGCCACUUCGGCUCUUUCCCCCGUAAUUGAAGCCGACGAGGAUCCGGGCGCUUACGAGAGCUCCGACUCUGACGAGGAUGCACCGCCGCGGAAGAAAGCUCGUACCGAACUCCCACCCGAGGGGCCGUCUCGUUCAUGUUCUCCUUCGUCUGCUGGUGGCGAUACUCAAUCCGUUGCUUCUGCCUCAGUACGGCCUGUGCCAACUCGUCGCAGUGCUUCAGCAUCUGCUCAGCCCGCCGCUUCGACAUCUACUCAGCCCGCGGCGUCGACGUCCACUCGGCAGUCUUCUGAACUCAGACGCUCGACUCGCGCGCCGCACCCUGUCAAGUUUUUCAACGCGCCAGGCAAGAAAGACGCCAAGAAGAACAAGCUGAAGCGCGCGAGGACCACUCCGCACUGA